CUAAAAUGGAGUGCCGCUGGAAAUUGUGGGGGGAAGGGGAUAGAGAUGAACAUCUGCAGAUAUUGAUGGGCAUGGGCUCCUCUUGGUUGCAAUUCCCCAUUCCGUCAAUUUUCGUUCUACAGAGGUCCUUCCCAUUUGACGAAAACCCUCUUGUCUGAUAGCCAAAAUUCCUCUCCGCCAUAGCCAAAUCUCAAAGCUUUUAUACAUCUCUAGGACAAACGAAAGAGACCCUAAUUUCCCUUGUUCGCUUUCCCUUCAGGCGGUACUGCUUCCAGCUUCUUCACUUCUGGCAGCUCAAUUCGCAGUCUUUGCCGUUUCCUUUUUCUAAAGUUUUGAACUUUCGGAUGAAGCUUUGAAUCUUUUUGUUGCUGUUUGUGGCGAUGUCUGUGGAGAGAUCAUUCGAAGCGUGGGAGGAGGUUCAGCGGCAAGGCCAUGACCUCGCGGAUAGGCUGGCGCAGGGAUUCACGGGUCUUAUCCACACGCAUAUGACGAACCCACCCGCGAUUCCAUGGGCGAACGCUCCCAAAUCGAAGAUCUUCGAUCUCGAGUUCCCCGGCCACAGUUUUAUUAGUAAGUCCAUGGAUUUCGGAGUGUUGGCGGAUAACAGAAACACUGGGAUCGCUGGGGUUUCUGCUAUUCUGGAUAUUGGGAACAAAAUUGGACAAGCGGGGGCUGAAUUUGGAGCUGGCUUGAAUGGUUUGGUGGAGCAAUUCUUCAGGAGGUUGCCUGUUCCAUUCAAACACGACGAGGGUAUGGAGGUUGGGGUAAGGAUAGAGAGCAGGAGAAGUGAUGUCAAUUUGAGCGUUGAAGGGCAGUUGGACCUGGUGAAUACGAAGUUGAAGGAGUUUGGGUUUGUGGAGAAUGAAGGGAGAUACAUCAGUACAGCAGCUGGUGGAGAUGAGGGAGGAACAGCUGAUGGUGAAUUGGGGACCUUUGAUUUGAAGUCCAUUGGUCUUAUGGGGGGUAGUAAGCCUCAGGGAACCUUAAAUUUUACAUCAACUUAUGAGAGCAGAACUGGCAAUGUGGAGAGCUCUAUGGUUGCUAGGGGUGAUUUAUGGAGAAUGGAGGCAUCACAUGACAGUUCCACAUCAGGAAAUGAGAAUUCGUCUCUCUUCCUAGUUCAACUUGGUCCAGUACUUUUUGUUCGUGAUAGUACACUUCUUCUACCUGUUCAUCUAUCAAAGCAGCACUUGCUUUGGUAUGGCUAUGAUAGGAAGAAUGGCAUGCAUUCUUUAUGCCCAGCAGUGUGGUCCAAGCAUAGAAGGUGGUUGCUGAUGUCAAUGCUCUGCCUUAAACCGUUAGCUUGUUCGUUUGUCGAUUUGCAAUUUCCGAAUGGCCAGUUAACUUACAUAUCUGGUGAAGGUCUAACGACAAGUGCUUUUCUACCGGUCUUUGGGGGACUUCUGCAAGCUCAGGGUCAAUAUCCUGGUGAAAUGAGAUUUAGCUUCUCUCACAAGAACAAGUGGGGAACCCGUAUAACCCCAGCGAUACAGUGGCCCGACAAGUCAUUUUCUUUGGGUUUUGCACAAAACUUAGCAUGGCAUAGAUCUGGUCUUAUGAUGAAACCAACACUUCAGUUCAGUUUGUGCCCUUCGUUUGGUGGUAGCAAUCCUGGCGUGCGAGCUGAACUACAGCAUUCACUGAAUGAGCAGCUGAAUCUGAUAUGUGGCUGUGCGUUUGUCCAGCAGCCUUCUGUAUUUGCAUCAGUUUCUAUUGGCAGGUCUAAGUGGAAUGGUAACGUCGGGAGUUCCGGGAUCGUUUUGAAACUAGAGAGCCCCCUCUCAGGUGUUAGUCGACCAGCCUUGUCUGUGCAGAUAAACAGUGCUGUCGAGUUUUGAAGGUUGCAUUCAACAGUGUAAACCUGCAGUGUAAAUAUGGCUGUAGAAUUUACAGCCCACAGAAGAUGUGAAUACAGACGAACAGACUUUUAUCUUAAAUCCAAAUAACCCAUCAUGUAGCUGAAAUGGUCUCUCAAUUUUGAGGUUUGUAGCAAAAUGGUCACUUACAACUUCAAAAGACAAAUGAGUACCUAAAUUUCUUCUUGCUUUUAGCAAAAUGAUCACUCGCAUACACAAACCUUUAAGGAUUAAAACAACUUUCUUCAUGUACAUACCAUAACGAUCUUUCACCAAAUUUCAUUUGCAAACAAAAGAACGAAUUA